AUGGCAAUGUCAGCCACUGGCAAUCCAGUGAACAGAGCUACUCACCAACAGAAUGCUGGUCAGCUAGAUCCACGCCGUAAAAGGAACGGUAAUAACAAGGGUCGUAACCAGCAGAAUGCGAACGGAAACAAAACUAGAACUUCAUCCAACGAUAUGAGCCUUCUGAACGGUCCAGGAGGUUCCGCAGGCUCCAAUCAAAGGCCCAAGAACUCUUCGCAGAAAACUGGAGACCCAAAGGGAAGAAGAAAGCCUCGGGAAGAUACGAAGUUUAAGAAAGAAGUCACCAAGGAGAUCGAACUACCCGCGGAGGAUGUCUCUAUGGUGCCUACGCGAGUUCUACCCAAAUUACAGGCAGAUCCAAUACAAGAGUUUACGCUGGCAGAAAUCAGCCAGACUGGAACAUUGUUUGAAUCUCCAGAAGCACUAGGGUUUCUGCGCAAUCAUUCACAUCGUUCUAAACGUCAUGUUCCAAGGUAUAUGUUGACCCAACCCAGACUUCUAACGACCCCUGCAUUCACGAGAGAUCCAUGGGACAUUGCUAACCAGGACAAAAUGCUUCAGAUGGAAGCAGAAAACAAUGGUUCUGAUUAUCAGGGGAUCUAUGAGGCUUUUCAGAAAAUGAGAGAGACGGAAAGAAAGCAAAUGGAGAACUUGGGACUUGUGGAUGCCGAAAAUAUCACCAAGGACUUGAAUGAUGCCAUCUUUUUCCAAGGAACAUGCUUGGACAUGUGUCCGACGUUCGAGAGAGUUAGAAGAGCGUUAGAAAACAACGUGAAAUCCUUGGAGAAGGAUCCAAUCACGAAUAAGAUUUCAAGAGAACGUGCUGUUAAAGCGUUUUCCAGACCAGCUGCUGGUCAACCUCCUCCAAUGCCUUCGGAUGUGCGACCUCCUCAUGUAUUGAACCAGACACUAGACUAUAUUGUGGAUAAUAUGUUGAUGAAACUCCCAGAUGCGCAUUCAUUUAUUUGGGAUAGGACCCGGUCGAUCCGUCAAGAUUUCAUAUACCAGAACUUCUAUGGUCCUGAAGCCAUUGACUGUAACGAGAGAAUAGUCAGAAUCCAUUUGCUUUCCUUGCAUAUUAUGGCGGGGAGUGAUGUGGAGUAUUCUCAACAGCAAGAAUUGGAGCAGUUCAAUAAGGCAUUACAAACACUUACAGAAAUAUAUCAAGAUGUACGAAAUCAUGGAGGUACAUGCCCCAAUGAAGCAGAAUUUCGAGCAUAUCAUCUCAUUAGUCAUUUCAGGGAUCCAGAAUUGGACAGAGAAAUUCAAACAUUACCUGGCAAUAUUGUCAAGCAUCCACUUGUGAGGUUGGCACUAAGAUUCAGAUUUCUUAUGUCACAAAAUAACGUUGUGGAAAGAGGCUUCACGAAUUCCGUCGGAGCGAUGAAUCAGUUUGUUGAAUUCUUCCGCCAGGUUUACAGUCCAGAAACUCCGAUUUUGAUGGCAUUCUUGCUCGAAUCACAUUUCAAUGAGAUCAGAUUCUAUGCUUUGAAAGCAAUGUCCAGAUCUUACCACACAAAGAGCAAGGCUUUGCUGGCCACUUUGGUUCAGAAUAUGUUUGGAUUUGACAACACGGAGCAACUAAUCAGCUACAUUACCUACUACGAAAUUGAUACCAUGGAAGAAGAUGGAGUUAUUUUGGUGGAUUUGUUCAACAAAGAAAAGUUGGAGACAAAAUACAUGUUGAAUUCCUUGCAAAGUAAAGCGGCACUACCGCAAGCUUUCUCACUCCAGUUGGACACUCGGUUAAAGCUGGUUCUGUUGAUUAAUAUUGUCAACUCUGGUGCCUCGAAUGCUAAUCUCAAUUUGAGGCCAUCUUCUACAAAUUUUAUUGUGCAGCAAGUCCAGAGGAAGUUUCCCCAAGCCAAGAGUACCAGUGGUGGUUUUAAAGAUGCUAGGUCGCUGUAUGCCUCUUCAACACAAGAAGAGCCAAGAGCAUUUGGUGGAGUACAGCAAAGUCAGCAACAACCUCAAUCGGCUUUCAGUCAACCACCGGCUACAUUCGGACUACCACAGAGUUUACUGCAGCCCCAAGGAUUUCCGCAACCACUGCAAUCUGCCUUUGGUCAAGGAUCAACUUCGCAAGUUCAUCAAACAACAACCAACAGCGAAGGCUCUUUUAAUAUUCAGGACUUCCUCAAUUCCCAAAAGGGCAGAGGAGACCAACCUUCUAAUCAGCAAUUUGGAUCUACUACUUUACUGAAACUAGAGGUGAGUGCCCCCGCAUUUAACUUCACUUCAGGUAUAAAGCCUGCUGCACAGCCCAAGAAAAGUGUCCAUUUUGCAAGUCCCGAGAAGGAACCAAAGACCGCAGAAGCAAAGGAAGAAUUAAAUUCAAAAACUUCGAUGAUUGGCCUUCUCAAUACGAGGCCUUUAGUUGAGGAAAAGAAGUUUCUACUACCAGAUUCUAAGCCAUCCGUGAGUGCCCCGUUUGCAAUCAAGCCUGCAAUACUGUUCAACCUGCCUGCUAAGAAAGAAAUAGUGCAGCCUGAGUCUCACGUCCCAAAGCAGACAUUGUUGAAGGAGCAACCGAGAUUCGAUGAUGCCAUGAACGCCAUUUACACUUCGAUAUUGAAUGACGUUGUUGACAACGAGCUCCGAAAACUACUUCCUCGUAUCAUCAAGUACGAAAACAGGAAAAAUGAGAGAGCAAAGGUGAUCAGAACCUUGACGCAAGAGCUUUUCCUGGCUUUCGUUUCUGAGUUAUCGUAUGGAAGAUUACAGGCCGCUUAUGCUGACCAAACAUAUGAAAAAAAAAUAAAAAAAAAAAGUGUGGGAAAGAUGGAAAAGAGAAUUGAAAGAGAAAAAAAAAAUAAAUGA